AUGCGCACGGUGCCGCCCCCGCCCCCGCCCCCUCCGGGCGGCGGCGGCCUCGCCGGACGCGCCCGCCGCGACGACCGCGCCCCUCUCCCCGACGAGGAACCCCCCGCGGUCGGCGCGAUCCUCCGCGGACGCGUCGCCAGCGUCCGCCCGUUCGGAAUCUUCGUGCGAAUGGACGGCUUUCGACGCGACGGCCUCGUGCACUGCACGCACGUCGGCGAAGAGCUGACGUUCCGGCGAGAAGACUCCGACGACGCCAAGGUGAUGGCGAUGGAGUAUUUCCACCCGAAAGACGCGAGCGUGUGGGUCAAGGUGAUCGACGUCCAUCGCGACGGGUACACGGGCGGGAACGUCAAGAUCGCGCUGUCGAUGAAGCUCGUGGAUCAGGCGGACGGGAAGGAUCUGGACCCGGACGGCGCACAGCUGGCGGAACUGGCGCGCGGCGGCGGCGGCGGCGGCGGCGGCGGCGGCGGCGGGUCAAGUAACGCCUGGAGCGACGACCCCCCGGAGCUGAACUCGACGCACCGGGCGACGGUGCGCGAGGUGAAACCGUACGGCGUGUUCGUGCAGAUGGAGGGGUACCGCAAGAACGGUCUGGUGCCGACGCAUCAGGUGAGCGACUUUUUGGAAUUCGCGAGGGAGGACGCGGACGAAGAAAAGGUGCGAGGGAUCGAGGGCGUGAUCGGCAGAGGCGAGUCGUGCUGGGUGAAAGUCGUGGAGAUAAAGGGCGGCGGGUACGCGAACGACCCGGUGAAGGUGACGUGCUCGCUGAAGCUCGCGGAUCAGAGCACCGGGGAGGAUUUAGACCCGCAGGGGACGCGGUACUACCCGCAAGGCGAGGGACGCGACGGCGGCGGUACAGGCGCGUUCUAUACACUGGUUCCCAUACGACCGCGCGGAAGAGGCGCGCCGCUCGGCGCGCGCGCGGGCGAGAACGUCAAGAAAGGCGGCGUCGUGGACUGGGGGCAUCACGCCGGGGACGUUCGCGGGCAGAUGGACGGGAAGAGCUACGACCUCGUCGUGGACGACGGCAUCGACGCGCUCGCGGCGGAGACGCGGUUCGACGGGAGAGGGCCGGGCGGGGCGCCGAUUCCGCCGCCGCCGCCGGGGCCGGCGGCGGCGGCGGCGGCGGCGGCGGGGGGGACCAUCGGCAGCGUCGAGGAAGCGCUCGCGAUCUUGAGAGAGCACAAGAAGCGAAGCAAGAAGGAGAAGAAACACAAGAAGGACUCCAAGAAGCACAAGAAGGACUCCAAGAAGCGCAAGAAGGACAAAGGAGGCGACUGGAGCAGCAGCAGCGACUGA